AUGUCUUCUUCCAUAAAUACCGACGUGGAGGACCACUACUUCUCCUCUAACCCACCCCCCAAAGCUCUGGCCCACCAUGAGGCUCAAGCCCGCGACUUCAUCAGCCAGCAUGCCGCCGCCAAGCGCCGCGUCGUCCUUAUCACCUCGGGUGGAACAACUGUUCCCCUUGAACGCAACACGGUUCGCUUCAUCGACAACUUCAGCGCCGGCACCCGAGGAGCCACCUCGGCCGAGUACUUCCUCGAGUCGGGCUAUGCCGUCAUUUUCCUCCACCGUCAGUUCAGCUUGCAGCCCUACUCGCGCCACUACUCCCACGCGACCGGCUGCUUCCUCGACUUCCUGCAGGAAGACGCCUCCGGCACCGGUGUCGUGGCCGCCGACGACCACCGCGACGAACUGCUUGCCGUCCUGCGCAAGUACCGCGCCGCCCGCACGCGCAACACGCUCCUCGCCAUCCCCUUCGUCACCAUAACCGACUACCUCCACGAGCUCCGCGCCAUCGCCCGCCUCAUGCGGCCCCUCGGCCCCCGCGGCCUCCUCUACCUCGCCGCCGCCGUAUCGGACUUUUUCGUGCCGCCGGACCGCAUGCCGGAGCACAAGAUCCAGAGCACCGACGCGACCGACUUUCUGCACGAGCAGGAGCCGGAGCCGGAGCCGGAGCCGGAGCAGCAGCAGCAGCAGGAGGAGGAGGAGGAGACGUUCGACAACUUCGACUCCUCCCCCGCCGUCCCCCGCUCCAAGCGCCUCGUCGUCGACCUCGACCCCGUGCCCAAGUUCCUCAAGAACCUCGUCGACGGCUGGGCCCCGAACCAGUUCAUCGUCAGCUUCAAGCUCGAAACCGACCCGGGCAUCCUCGUCCACAAGGCCCGCUACAGCCUCGAGCGGUACCAGCACCACCUCGUCGUCGGGAACCUGCUGACCACCCGCAAGUGGGAGGUGGUCUUCGUCAGCCCCCGCCGGCCCGACCGCUGGCUCCGCGUCCCCAGCCCGGCGUGGGAGGGCAAAGAGGGAGAACCGUUGGAUGCGAAGGACCUGCCGGACGGGGAACCCGAGGUGGAGAUUGAGAGCUUGAUUAUCCCGGCUAUAGAACAGUUGCACGAUGAGCAUAUCAAGUCGCUGCUGGCGCGCAUGGACGGUGCGCGGCCAUGA